CUUUCUUUUUAAUUUGUUUUAGGAGGUAGAGACUUCGGAUGAGAUUGACCUUACAGUAAGUCAGAUUAUGAAAAAUGUGAAGACCGCGGGGGCGAGCAUCAAAACAAACAGGGGCUCACCGCCAAGAUCAUGCGCGCGGGUGAAGCAUGUAGGUAGAGCCGCGCCAUACCCCGUACGUUCCUAAAGCUCUGACGCUGGCGACAACAAAGACGGCCGGACAUGUGAGGCGACUUAUUGUUUCUCUAAAGAAGAAGGCCUCUGAGAACUCUCCCCAGACAUCUUCUACCUUCUCAUUCGAAGCGCCUAAGAGAGAAUUCAGUGAGAAAGAUAAGGCAUGGUGGCCGGCAAAACCACUUGAAGUUCAUUGGGGCGUACCGUGUCUCGCUGGAACGAAACAGGCGCCCAGAAACUGUAAGAGGUGUCCGUACUGCGACUCCAUAUCCGACUCACCGGGUAUCCUGCAGGCCCACACGAGGACGAUGCAUCCAGAGGAUUUGGAAAGGGAUCUCCCUAUCGGUGCAAUGAGGCGUCUGUACAACCUGUGCGCCGAUGGACUACGUGUCGUCAGCAUGGACCGGGUGUGGGCCCACUUCACCCAAUUCGACUGCGACGAAGAGACUACUCUAAAAAUGCAGACCGCCCUCAAACUGGCCCUUGCUGAAGUGCUUGCCCGCACUGGGGACGAAACAGGCCCACCCUUUGGCGGUGACGGCCCCUUCAAGGAAGAAAUAUCCGCACUUACUGCAGAUUAUGAAGAACAAGAAGAAAAGGAGAAAUCUGAUGAUGAAGAUUCGAAGGCAGUGAAGCUACCCCAAGCACCGCAAGAAAAGAAGCUCAGAGGAUCACGGCAACAGGGGAAGCCAUCCUCAAGCUCCAGCUCAAGCUCUUCUGACGACGACUCAAGCACUUACUAGUCAGUCAGAAUCUGAAACAUGAUUGUCAUUUUAUUUUGUCAUUUAAAUAAUUCAAAUAUAUCUGUGUUGGUGUCGCGGCCG